AUGAAAAUGGAAAAAAAAAAGAAAAAAGGUAAGCAAGAGAAAAAUCAAAAAACACCAAAAAAAAAUGAUAAAAAAAAUGACACUUUAAUAGAUAAGGUAGAAAAUAAAAAUAAUAAGAAAAAAAUAAACAAACUAAGAAAGGAAAAAAAAAUUGAUAAGGAAAAUAAACAAAAUGAUGAUAAUAAAGAAAAUAUACAAAAUGAUGAUAAUAAAGAAAAUAAACAAAAUGAUGACAAUAAGUUAAAUAUACAAAAUGAUGAUAAUAAAGAAAAUAUACAAAAUGAUGAUAAUAAAGUAAAUAUACAAAAUGAUGAUAAUAAAGUAAAUAUACAAAAUGAUGAUAAUAAAGAAAAUAUACAAAAUGAUGAUAAUAAAGUAAAUAUACAAAAUGAUGAUAAUAAAGUAAAUAUACAAAAUGAUGAUAAUAAAGAAAAUAUACAAAUUGAUAAUAAUAAGGAAAAAUGUAGUAAAGAAAAUCAAACGAAUAAAGGUAAUAAAGUUAAAAAGGUAAAAAGUCAAAAAAAGUUGGGAAAUGUACAAAGUGUAGAAGACAUAAAACCCAUCAAAGAAAAAGAUGAAGAUGAAAAAAAUUCACCAGAACAUAUGAUUGAAGAAAAAGAUAAUAAAAUAAAUAAAAAUAAUAACAAAAAAAAAAGCAAAAAUAAAAAUAAAAAGGAAAAAAUAGAAACAUGUCAAGGAGAAAAUAUGAAAGUACAAACAAACAAAACUCAAGAAAAUAAUAAUAUAAUAAUAACAGAAAAUAUAACAAAUAAUAAUAUACAAAUUACUGACACAUAUCAACCAAAUAAUAUAUUAAUCAAAAUAGAUGAUAGUACAAAAGAAAAAAAUAAUAAAGAUACAUUUGUAAAAAAUAAUAGCUCUGUAAAUUCAUCUAGUAAAAAUGUAAACCAUUCAACAGAUACCAUUCAAGAUAAUAUUUAUAUAGAACUAAAGAAGGAAAAGGAAAUAGAAAUAAAUCAUAAUAAUGUAAACACUUCUCUCACAUUUCCUAGUAAUCGAAAUAAAAAUAUUAUUCAUUUACAAGUUACAGAAAUAAAUUCAGAACAAACCAUAGGAGAUAACAAAAAUGGAAUUAAAAAAAGAAAAUGUGUAGAAAAAAAAAUUGAAAAAGUAUUCAAAAAAACAAACGAUACAAAUAAUAAUAAUAAUAAUAAUAAUAAUAUGCAAAUUAGUACUUGUAAUAAAAACGAUAUAGCAGAAGAUGUUAUUAAUAUAAACAAUAUAACAAAUCAAAACAUUAAACAAAAUAUUAUCAAAAAAGGAAAUAAAACUCAUGAUCCAAUUAAAACAAAACAAACAAAAAUCAUUUUAACAGAUAACGAUGCAAAAGAUAAAAUUUUAAAAUAUAUGAAAAAAGCAAAUAGACCAUAUUCUGUUAUUAAUGUAUAUGAUAAUUUACAUGGAUGUAUAAACAAAAACAACGUUCAAAGAUUUAUGGAUGAAUUAAGUAAAGAAAAUAAGUUACAAUGUAAAGAAUAUGGAAAAGCUAAAGUGUAUCUUAUUAAUCAAAAGGAAUUUAAAAGCUUAAAUACAAACGAAAUGAAUAAACUAAAAAUGGAUAUGGAAUUAGUACAAGAACAAAAUGAACUAUUUAAAAUCGAUUUUAAUAAUUUAGUAAAAAAAAAAAAAAAAUUAUUACAAGAUUUAGAACUAAUACAAAAUUUAGAAGAAUAUAAAAAAAAAAUACAAAAUAUUGAAGAUGAAAUAAAAUCAUAUGAGCAAAUGAAUAAAAAUUCGAAGUUUACCAUUGAAGAAAUUGAACAUAUUAAAAAAAAUCAUGGAUAUUUACAUUUCAUGUGGCUUAAAAGAAAAACACUUUGUAUUGAAAUAAUUAAGUGUAUAGCUACCUUAACAGAAAAAGAUACAAAAGGGGUUAUAUAUCAUUUGGGUAUUGAUGUCGAUGAGGAUGUUAUACCACCAAAUUUGUAUUCUUAG